GUUCACGUAUUCGGAUCUAUGAAAUGGAUCUAAAGUACGAUGGUAUCUAUAGAAUGUUUUUGAUGGCGAAUGUUGUGACCCCAACGGAACGGGCACAGUUCUUAAACCUGAUACCAAUAUUAGAAGCACUAUACAAGGUUAAAGAUCGAAUCUUUGAAGUAUUGGAGGUAAUUACUUCUGAUUCUCCACCUAGUUCACCACGCUCUACUUAUGUCAGAAUACCCAUCCCUUCACCAAAAUUAGUAAAGUUUCCUGUUAUUGGCUUACCAUCAAAUUAG